AUGUUAGCCCGUGUCCUACUAGGUCUUGUCCUCGCAGUGCUGUCGGCGACCGUUUCCGCCGCGGCGACAUCGGACGCGUCACUGGUCGUGAAAGUCCCUCUGGAACAUUCCAGGGGAUCCACUGCAGGCUCUCCCAAUAAUACUGACAAAUGGCUCGGCAUUCCCUUCGCUCAGUCACCGGUCGGGAACUUGCGCUUCAAGAGCCCUGUCGCCAUUACCAAGCCCUCGCAUUCGGUACAAGAUGCUAACCAAUUCGGUAAUGCGUGCCCACAAAGACCAUCAGACACCUUAGGUGCUCCGCUCGGCGAGGACUGCCUAUUUCUCAACGUGUGGAGGCCGGCAGGGACGAGAGCUGACGCGAAGCUGCCUGUACUUGUCUGGUUCUACGUAAGCCUCCUCCCUACCGAGGUCACGUAUCCGUUCUCAGAUUUUAUACAUUCAGGGUGGAGCAUUUAUGGACGGAGCCGCCUCCAACCCUUCAUUCGACCCAACGCUGCUAAUAUCUCAAAACCAAUCGUCUUCGUCUCGAUCAACUAUCGAGUCAACACCUUCGGUUUCCUGGCCAGCUCUCAUGUACCCAUAGAGGACUUGGACGCCGGAUUGCAGGACCAGCGACUAGCCCUCGCUUUCUUACAAGACAAUGUCGCAGCUUUCGGUGGCGAUCCGAACAAAGUGACAAUCUGGGGUCAAUCUGCCGGAGCCGGUAGUGCAGAGGCACAAAUCGUUUUCCCGGCUAAGCAAUCGCACUUCCGGGCUGCGAUCUUUGACUCGUCUACCGGACCUUUCAAGACAGCUCCUCCCGCUAGUACGUACGAUGAGCCAGGCAAGCCCUAUGCGCUGUUGACCGAGGCAGUUGGGUGCACGUCGGGACCUGGCUCAUUUGAAUGCCUGCAGCAAGUCCCGUUCGAGGUAUGA